GGGAGGUAAAAAAAAUCUGCUGAUCAGCCAAUCUGCGGCACGUCUGUCGCUGCGGGUUUUGUUUUCCUCCUCCUCCUCUCCCUCUCUCCUUCCAUCCUGUUUUCCUCUUCUCCUCCUCCGCUCCUCCGCAGCGAUGCUCCGGUCCGCCCGGGCCGUCCUCGGUACUCUGUCUGCGGACAGGCAGUAGAACUGCGGGACGGUGCUGGUUCCUCCGCGGAGCGAUGGUGCAGAAAUCCCGCAACGGCGGGGUGUUCCCCGCGGCGCAGGCCGACCAGAAGAAGCUGAAGGUGGGCUUCGUAGGUCUGGAGGCCGGGGGGUCUGAGGUCAGCAGAGACGGAGCCCAGCUCAUUGCAGGUGGGGAUGAAGGUCCUCGCCGGCAGCGCAGCAGCGUCUCUGGAGUGAAGAGGCCACCGAAGCGAAACGCCGUCUACAGACGACUGCAGAACUUCCUGUACAACGUCCUGGAGAGGCCUCGAGGAUGGGCCUUCAUCUACCACGCCUACGUGUUCGUGCUGGUCUUCUCCUGCCUGGUUAUGUCUGUGUUCUCCACAAUCAGAGAGUAUGAGAAGUCUUCAGAGGACGCUCUCUACAUUCUGGAAGUGGUGACCAUCGUGGUGUUUGGGGUGGAGUACAUCGUGAGGAUCUGGGCUGCAGGUUGCUGCUGUCGGUACAGAGGAUGGAGAGGACGACUGAAAUUUGCCAGAAAACCUUUCUGUGUCAUCGACAUCAUGGUGUUGAUAGCGUCCAUCUCAGUAUUGGCUGCGGGGACUCAGGGGAACGUCUUCGCUACGUCGGCCAUCAGGUCGCUUCGUUUCCUGCAGAUUCUUAGGAUGAUCCGGAUGGACCGACGUGGGGGAACCUGGAAACUGCUGGGAUCAGUGGUCUACGCCCACAGCAAGGAGUUGAUUACUGCGUGGUAUAUCGGCUUCCUGUGUCUCAUUCUGGCCAGUUUCCUUGUUUAUCUGGCUGAAAAAGAGGACAACGAACAGUUUGAGACGUACGCAGACGCCCUCUGGUGGGGACUGAUCACCUUGACGACCAUCGGCUACGGAGACAAGUUCCCCAUCACCUGGAACGGACGCCUGCUGGCUGCAGCCUUCACGCUGAUCGGAGUCUCCUUCUUUGCUCUGCCCGCUGGGAUCCUGGGUUCUGGUUUUGCUCUGAAGGUUCAGGAGCAGCACCGUCAGAAGCAUUUUGAGAAGAGACGUAACCCAGCAGCCGGACUCAUCCAGGCGGCAUGGAGGGUUUACGCCACAAACCUGAGCCGAACUGAUCUGAAUUCAACAUGGGAUUAUUACAAGAGGACCGUCUCCGUCCCUAUGUACAGGUUGAUCCCUCCUCUCAAUCAGUUGGAUUUAUUGAGGAACCUCAAGAAUAAGUCAGGACUCUCGUUCAGGAAAGAUGCUCAGCCUGAACCUUCUCCCAGUCAGAAGGUCAGCCUGAAGGAGAGGGUCUUCUCGUCUCCCCGUGGUUCAGUGACCAAAGGGAAAGGUUCUCCUCAGCAUGUGGCCCCGGGUGUUACCCCUGGCGUUGGUCCUGGAGUUCCCGGAGUACUAGGGAGCGUCCAGGCCCUGCGACAGUCCCCCACCGUGGAGCUCAACCCGGAGGAGAGUCCCAGCAAGGUUCCAAAGAGCUGGAGCUUCGGAGAACGCAGCAGAACCCGACAGGCCUUCAGGAUCCGCGGGGCGGCUUCACGCCAAAACUCUGAAGUGCUGAUAGAGAUGCAGGAUGAAGAGUUCAGACAGAAGAGCUCCCCAGAUGCCAGCCUGCCAGGAGAAGACAUGGCCGACGACAACAAGAGCUGCCACUGUGAGUUCAUCCCUCAGGAUCUCACCCCGGGGUUAAAGGUCACCAUCAGAGCCAUCUGGGUCAAAGGUCACCAUCAGCUGUUGGGUAAGAGCAGCAUUAUGCGCUUAAUGGUGUCCAAGAGGAAGUUUAAAGAGAGCCUUCGUCCCUACGAUGUUAUGGACGUGAUCGAACAGUACUCAGCCGGACACUUGGACAUGCUCGCCCGCAUCAAGAACCUCCAGUCAAGGGUGGACCAGAUAGUUGGGAGGGGGACACCGACCGCAGACAAGGACCGUCCCAAAGCGGCCAACGAAGAGCUUCCCGAGGAUCCCAGCAUGAUGGGCCGGCUGGGGAAGGUGGAGAAGCAGGUGCUGUCCAUGGAGAGAAAGCUGGACUUCCUGGUCAACAUCUACAUCCAGCGGAUGGGAAUCCCCCAGUCCGAGACUGACGCCUACUUUGGACCCAAGGAGCCGGACCCGGCCCCCCCCUACCACAGUCCAGUGGAUCACCUGGAGAAGAGCCAGUCCAUCUCCAAGCUCCCACAGGGGUUGCCUGGCGACCACACUGAGAAGAAUCGUCAGGUGACAAAGAUGGUCCGCUCCAGCAGCUCCACCGGACACAGGAACAGCGGCGGCCCAACCUGCCCGCCCUCCACCUCCUGGCAGCCAAUCAGCUCCCAGCCCCACCAGCAGCUGCCACCCCCUGCCCACCGUAGCCGCGGCAACACUCCGAGUCCAGUGGGGGACGGGUCGCUGGUUCGACUGCCGCCUCCUCCGGCCGGAGAGAGACACGGCGGGAACCGACCCAAGCGGCACAGCGCCGGAGACCGGGUGGGGUCAGAGAGACCGGAGAAGGGAGGAGAGGCGGCCAAUGGGACGGGAGGUGGAGGCGGGGAGGUGAAGCCGGACAGUGAUGCCUCUAUUUCCAUACAGUCUGUGGACCAUGAGGACCUGGAGCACUCCUUCAGUGGCUUCUCUGCCUCUCAGUCCAAGGACAACCUGAACUUCCUCAACAAUGGCUUCUACUCCUCCGCUAACCACCAAGGAGGUGGAGGAGGAGGCGGAGCCACCAGCACCGCCACUCUCCGGCCAUACAUUGCAGAGGGGGAGUCGGACUCUGACUCUGAGCUCUGCGCUCCGUCGCCACACUCGGACCAGGACUGGACCGGGACCAAGUAGAGCCAAGUAAACGAGAGCUGAACCAGCAGAACAAUUGAAGUGACUGAAACUGUGAAGGGAAACAUAAAGAAGUACAAGUUAAACACCAGCUGGAGUCUUAGGAGUGAAGCAUCAUGGACAUGUCAACAGUACAAAUCAUAUGCACUGGUUUUAAUCAUGUGAAUGUUUUAACAGGAAAUGUUUGUUCUCACCAUCACUGGUUCACUGCUGUGACACGUGAUUGGUUUACUGCUGUGAUACGCUGGCGCGCAAUUGGUUUACUGCUGACACGCGAUUGGUUCACUGCUGUGAUACGCUGGCACGUGAUUGGUUUACUGCUGACACGCGAUUGGUUCACUGCUGUGAUACGCUGGCACGUGAUUGGUUUACUGCUGACACGCGAUUGGUUCACUGCUGUGAUACGCUGACACGCGAUUGGUUCACUGCUGUGAUACGCUGGCACACGAUUGGUUCACUGCUGUGACACGCUGGCACACGAUUGGUUCACUGCUGUGACACGCUGGAACGUGAUUGGUUCACUGCUGUGAUACGCUGGAACGUGAUUGGUUUACUGCUGACACGCGAUUGGUCCACUGCUGUGACACACUGGCACACAAUUGGUUCACUGCUGUGACACGCUGGCACACGAUUGGUUCACUGCUGUGAUACACUUGCACGCAAUUGGUUCACUGCUUAUAUUUACUGAGGCAAAGCAUCAUGGGAACAUGGAUGCCAAAGGACUCUGUUAUUCCCUUCUAGACCAUAAACACAGAUUUUCUUCAUUUGAUUUCCAUCAGUCCUUAGUCUAUUGUGACUAUUUCCAGUUGAUCUGUCUUUGUACUCUUAACAUUUAGACAAUACUACAUAGACUUUAAAUUAAUCUACAAUCUAAUGCAUUGAUUCAAAUGCCUUAAAAUCCACUAGGGUUCAAAGCUGAGGUGGCAAGCCUCCACCCAACAGAACAGCACAACGUACGGUCAAAUUAAACAGCAAAUGUUGUAUAGAAACGUGUGGAAUGCUAACGUCAGAAACAUACAUUAGCAGGCUAUUUGGGGACGGCCUUAGCAAAGGUUCUCUAUCACUAAGACGCAGCAUUUCAAACUCAGCAAUCCGUUUUUAUUUGCAUAAAGUAUUAUAUAUUUUUUUGUCCAUAGUGGAUAUCUACCCAGCCGGAUAUCAACGUUUUACAUACGAAAAUACAUUAAUAAAUCAGAAGUUGAUAAUUAGUCCCACAUUUCAUCAAAUCAUCAAUAUGUAAUCGAAUCAUCCCCAACAGCUAUUUUUUUUAUGAUUCAUAUGCAUGUAUCCAAACGGGUAAUCAACCCAGCGACAGGAAUGUAAAUGAUUAAAUGCUGAAGAGGUUUUUUUAUCGGAGACAAACUCAUCCGUCUCAGGAAAACUAAAACAGGACAAACCUACCAAAAUAAGAGUCUUUUACUGCUUAAGCUCCUUUGCUUUUCUCAAGACACAGAGUUCAACAUUUCUGACCAGCAGUAGAGCUAAAAACCUAAAGUUUUUCCAGAAGCCACAGAUACCAGGCGUAAACUUGGUGUCGUCAUCUGGAAGAUGACGGACAGGUAUUGAGGCUUAAGUUUAUCCACCGAAUGUAAGAUAAACAUUAUGUUUAUCAACUGCAUCGACAUUUCUCAGCAAAGCUUGAAUGUCGGCACAUUUCAUUUUGAGUUUUGUUUUUUCCAACAAAGACAACAUAUUUAAACCCUUUUUUACAGAAGUAAACACCUAAUUUUGUUUCCACGGUAACUGUUGGUCAGUUCAGACGACAUUUCUUUAUUUUGGGGAAAAAGCAGUCUUCAUCUUGUUUCACACAAGCAGUAUCUCUGUACAGAACUUUGCCUGUUUGUAUUUCAAUAUUAAUUAAAAACAUUUAAAC